UUUAGACAGUCCGGAGACAUCGCUUGUUCAAAACGAUGAUACUACGAUUAAUAUUAUUAUAUUUACUAUGUUUGCAAUUUAUAGAAAGUGCUCGAAUAUUGGGUGUAUUUCCGACUCCAUCAAUCAGUCACCAAGUUGUUUUUCGUGUUCUAACACAUGAAUUGGCAAGACGUGGUCAUGAACUUACUGUUAUAACGACGGACCCUGUACAUCCAAAUGAAGUGCCUGAAAACUUGACUCAAAUAGAUGUUCAUGAUUUAUCAUAUUCAAGAUGGAAUAAAGUUAUAUCAGAAAUGGAAGAUGGUUCAAGAGACGUCACUAAACAAGUGGAAGCAAUGAUGAAUUUAAAUUUUGAAAUAUUCGAAGAACAAGUUAAAUGUAAAAGUGUACAAAAGUUAUUGUCCUAUAAACAUGAUCACUUCGAUUUGAUAAUUGUCGAAGCUUUUUUAUUAUUCACAUUGGGAUUUUCGCAUGUUUUUAAAGCACCUGUAAUAUGGGUCAGUUCUUUUGCUGGAGUAUGGGAUAACUACGAAGCUAUAGGAGCACCGUCACAUCCAUUUUUAUAUCCAGUUUCGGUAAGAGAUAAAUUAAAUAAUAUAACAAUGUGGGAAAAAAUUAAUCAACUAAGAAAAGAAUAUAAGAUGAGAAAUUUAAAUAGAAAUAACGUGGCCGUGAAUAAAUUAUUGAAGAAAUUAUUUGGUGAGGAUACUCCGCCUAUUCAGAAAUUAUUUGACAAUGUGGCAAUGUUGUUUUUAAACGUACAUCCUAUUUGGGAUAGCAAUCGUCCCGUGCCACCAGGUGUCAUCUACAUGGGUGGGUUACACCAGAAUCCGAUAAGGGAAUUACCGAAGGAUCUAAAACUAUAUCUCGACUCUUCUAAGAACGGAGUUAUUUACUUUAGUUUGGGCACAAACGUGAAACCGUCAUACGUGCCUCCAGAAAAGUUGCAAGCUAUCAUAAACGUAUUUUCAAGGUUGCCGUAUGAAGUUCUUUGGAAAUGGGACAAUGAGCUGCUGGUACGUUCAAAUAAUAUAAAAAUAUCCAAAUGGCUUCCACAAUCUGACAUACUAAGGCAUCCAAAAGUGAAAUUAUUCAUAACUCAAGGAGGCUUGCAAUCAACUGACGAAGCAAUCACAGCAGGAGUACCUCUUGUUGGUAUACCUUUACUCGCAGACCAAUGGUUCAAUGUCGACAAAUAUGUACAACAUAAAAUUGGUGUUAGAAUCGACAUAGAUACACUGACAGAAGAAAUGUUUGAAAAUGCAAUACGGACUGUUAUCAAUGACACAAGCUAUCGUGAGAACAUACUGCGUUUGCGCAGUAUAAUGCAAGAUCAGCCGCAGAGUCCACUGGAGCGCGCCGUGUGGUGGACAGAGCAUGUGCUGCGUCACCGUGACGCGCGGCACUUGAGGAGCCCGGCCGCAAACAUUUCCUGGACACAAUAUUUAGAAUUAGAACUUGUAUUUACUUUAGCUUCUGUGUUAAUACUUUCACUAGUUAUUCUGUUUACAGUCUUUAAGUUAGUUUGGAAUUUUGUAAAUUCCAAUAUAAGUAAAAAAAUUAAAAAGUGCUAAGUAUAAUAAUGUUUAAUUAUCAAAUAAAAAGAUUUACCUAUAUAUGUAGGAGUAGUUGUUCUUAGCUAUAGCAAAAGCUAAUAUACUUUCAUUCAAUAUUUUUUUCGGUACAUACAAAUCUUUUCAUGCGAGGAAUCUUAGCUAGGAAAUUCUUAAUUAAUUCUUAAUUAUGAUGUUGCUGAUAAUUUAUGGAGUGUUGAAUUAAAUUCUUGGCAUAAAUUUGAACAAAGAAA